CAUUAUUUCGACUACUUGUGACAAUGCGGUGCCUUAUGAUUGAAUGUAUUUACUGAAAUCUUUAUUGCUCUUCCAUAAUGAUAGUCAGAGCUGACGCUGAAUAGUGUCAUAAUGAGUCACAAUCUGGCGGGAAUGCCAUCUUACAGGCUACCAGGGCCAGGGUUAGGACCUCCAGACUUCAAGCCUCCGAUGGAUACACCUACUCCACAAGCUUCAGCCCCAAGUAAUCCUAAGAAGCGGAGAAAGACGUCUAAUGCUAGUAAUGCCCUGACACCACAGCCUCCACCAACAGCUCAAGAUUUGCUUCCACCUCCACUCACAGGAUAUGGAGAUACCAUUGUAGCAUCCAAUCCUUUUGAUGAUUCUCCUUCUACAGUGUCCCACAAUGGACCAAUGAUGAAUCAAAAUGGACCUAUGAUGAGUCAGAACAAUUCGAUGGGAAUGAUGGGUCCCAUGCAUGGUAUGGGAGGCCCUCCAAUGAGACACAUGAGCCCUCUGCCACACAGCAUGAGCCCUAUGAAUCAGCAAAUGCCACCUAGAGGAGGAAUAAGUCCAAUGGGCAAUAUGAGCCCUAUGGGACAUAUGGGAGGCAUGUCGCCAAUGGGAGGCCCAAGUAUGGGAAUGAGUAAUCAUAGUAUGGGACCUGGCAUGGGACCAACAUCAAGAUCAAUGGGUAGUCCUAUGAGCCCAAUGAAUUCUAUGCCUAUGGGAUCUCCUAUGUCUUCUGGUCCUAUGGGUAGUCCUAUGAAUAUGGGUUCAAUGUCAGGUAGUCACAUGAGCAAUAGUCCAAUGGGUCCACCCAUGCACAGUCCACUAGGGGCAGGAUCUAUGAAUGGGCCCAUGAAUGGACCUAUGGGGGGAGGUGGCCCGAGUAUGAGUGUUCCAAGAAUGAAUGGACCAAUGGGUCCCAGUUGUUCCAAUGGUUCAAUGGGACCAAACAAUUCAAUUAUGUCUUCAAAUCCUAUGCAAAACUCUGUUAUGGGUCCUGGUCAUUGUGGGCCAAUGAGACAUGGAAGUCCUAUGACCUCUGGAAUGGGUAGCGGUCCAAUGGGAGGCAAUGGACCAAUGACAUCUAUGGGUCCAGGCCCUCCAUACAAUACCAGUCAUAUGGGGCAUGGUGGACCUAUGGGCAUGGGAGGAAAUGGCUCAAUGGGAAUGGGUCCUGGUCCAGGCAACAUGGGAAAUUGUGGACCACUGGCUGGAAUGAGUGGAAUGGCUAUGGGGGGACCAGGAGGUCAAGGUGUGGGGCCAAUGGGACAAGGAAUGGGUAUGUUUGGUCCUAAACCUAUGCCAGUCAGUGCAGGGAAAGUCUAUCCCCCAGAUCAACCUAUGGUGUUCAACCCACAGAAUCCAAAUGCACCCCCAAUAUAUCCUUGUGGAGUAUGUCACAAAGAGGUGCAUGAUAAUGAUCAAGCUAUACUGUGCGAGUCGGGAUGUAACUUUUGGUUUCACAGGGGAUGUACAGGACUAUCGGAGCCUGCAUUCCAGCUGUUGACAGCUGAAGUAUACGCCGAGUGGGUGUGUGAUAAGUGCCUAUCUUCUAAGAACAUACCGCUGGUAAAGUUUAAGCCAUAGCGAUGCGCCAUUCCGUGCUGCCCCCACCAAUAUGAGUAAGAACUGUUCUUGAACAUCACAAGUCUUUUUGAAAACUAGGUGGACUUUGAUUCGCGCAAAUCGAGUCUGACGUUGAUUGUCUUAACUUGAAAUGAGGUGCUAUGAGAAGCAUUGUGGACCGUCCUAGUCUGCGCGAAAAUUUCACUUCGAACUGAUCGAAUGUGUGUGUGUAUGAAAUGAAUAAUUAGUUUAUCGAUUGUGAGAGAUUUUGUUUUAUCAUUUUUGUAACUCAGUAAGAAAGAUCUCAUAUUGGGUAAUUUAAUUAAGGAAUUAAAAAAUAUAUAUAUCGAAAAUGAAAAGCAAUAUUACUAUCGUUGACAAUUUCCCGAUAACUAAUAAAUUAUAUUUGCAGACGGCUCCGUAUCUAGUCUGUAAAAUUAUUGUCAUUUGCCUUAUUUAUUUAUAAUGUUAUGAAUGCUAUUAAACAAAAUUGUAUAAUGUUUAUGUGUGAUGUUCACGAAAAGUGUUCCUUCGUAACGCAUAUCUGAUCGAGCACAUGAAUAUUUGUUGUAAUGAUGCACGACUCGAGUUACAAAGCAAUAAAUAAAAUGAUGUCUGUCGUAUGUUUUCGAUAGGUACCUACUUGUUUAACGUGUCGCUUUAGUGUUUGUGCAUAUUGUAAAUAUUUUCUAAAAUGGUAAGUCUAAAUUAAUGGUAUUCUUUUCCGCCUCGAAUCAAUGGUGACCAGACUUGUACGUACUUGUACGUAAUAAUACAAGUGCAGUGUGGUAUGAAAACCAGUGACUAGUAUCGUAUAGUCGUCGGGAUUUCGCAUCCAGUGAGGGGACUAUCCGCGGUCGCAAUGUGUGAAACACUCAUAAGCGAAAUUCAUUUUGCGUCGAUAAGAACUAUGUACUUAUUAUUUCGGUGCCCUGUUUUGCAUGUAAUAUUACGCGCGUUAUCUCUACUUACAUGUAAAUACGAUGAAUCCAUACGCUUUCUUACAUUUAAGAGUGUUAAAUGUGUUUGUCAAUUUUUUAACUUUUGGAGAAUGUUUUUUUUUUUUGUAUACUCUUAAGGUGUAAAAUAGGUUGUGUAAAUACUACGCGUAGCUUAUAAACGAGAUUAAACAUGUGGUGGCUCCGAAAUAUACGCGCUUGGUUGUGAUUAUGAAAUGCAUUAAUAAGUGAUGUUAGUUUAUUAUUUAGAGACACGUGAGCCGCGCUGCGGAGUCACCCACAUGUGACGUAUGUAAUCUAGACUAAUAAUAGACAAACCUCUUUAUCUAAAGUUUAAAAAAAAAGUACAUUAAAAUCAUCGUCGAAGACAGUCAUAGACCAAUUCCUAGUUAGGAUAAAAUACAAAAUAAAAUUUAAAACCAUUUUAUGUAUUGAAUAAUAUUUUUAAAUAGAUUUUCUUUUUUGGCCACAAUCUUAAACUUUAAUUUAUUUUAGUUAUUAAAAUAAAACAACUGCAUGUUUUUUUUUUUAUGUUGCAGUCCCACUUAAAUCUUACGUUGGUUGUGCUAAUAAAAAUGAAGUCACUACAAUUAUUGUUCUGUCGUUUUUUCUUGCAUCCACAAAAAUAAUAUUUAAAAAAAUAAUUCAAUGUCUUUUAUAUAUCACUGCUCGUAGGGAACGAACAAAUAAUAAUUUACGGAUAAUCUUUGUUUCUAUUGUCUUGAAAUAUCUGGAAAAACAAUAUGGCCACGUUGUAUGUUUAUAAAAUAAAAUGAUUUUAGUAUAAAGAAAAAUAAUCGGAGAUUCUGUAUUUCCUUCUACGUAUUUACGUUAGUAAUUCAGUAGGAUAACUUAAUAUCAAAUGUAUUUUUUUUACCUUAAAGUCAAUUUUAACUAUUAAUAUUAUUGUGUAUUAUAUUGUCUUUACCUUGUGUUUGUUUGUGUGUAAUAUGGGGUCCUAUGUUUGGCACAUCAAUGUGGAAUAAAGCUACUGUAUAAUGCACCAAUAUUAUAUUAAAACUACAUAUACGAAGUUAAAAUGUAUCGUAUGAAACUUUAUUGUAAUAAAAAAAUUAAUAUUAGUAUAACUACCUAUUUACUAUCAUUGAUUUGUCUAUGGUUACUGAAAUUACAGGUCACUGCCCUUACGUUCGUUAUUUCACACCGAAAAUUUCAUACGCGAUGUGCCAAAUGAAAGACCGCAUCAUCGAAUAAUUUGUGUUAUAUCGUAACCUCAUUUUUACUAGUUUAUCGAAGUUCUAAACAACAUAGUAAUAUCAGAUAACACGUUUGCAAGUUAAAAAAAACCAUAAACAAUUGUUCCAUAUUGAAUUGUAUUUUUUUUUCGUGCGUAUUUCCAUUAUGUUUAUUUCCGAUGAUUCAAACUCUUUACAGCAUUGGGGUUUCCUCGGUGAAAUAAUAAGGUUCCUACAUCGUGCAUAAAAGUCGUUCCCGAAAAUCAAGGUAUGCCACAUUCCCAUCAAAAUAACAAAUCAUCAUACAAUUUUGUUUGUAUUGCGAUCGAUGUUAAUAAAACUUCCUUCAUUUGAUUGCAGUCAUAAAUUAAAAAAACUUUUCCCGCUCACCAUCAGUGCUUUUUUGCUCUAUUCGGCAAAAGGAACGGUAUCUUUCAGCCUAACAUGUGCUUACAUCAGGAAUGAAUGUAACGACAAAUACAUACGAACAAAAAAAUCGUAAUGUACUGUAACUAAAUGUAAUUUUAUAACGAACGUCAUUAGUUUAUAAUAAUGUUAGCGAGAUUACACAGUUUAAAUGAUUAAGAAUCAUUCACAAAUGAGUCGGCCUUGGCGACGUCUACCGGCGACGACAAAGAAAAAAAUGUUAUAGUAAAACAUAUUUUUGUCACAAAUGCUUCUUUGACAACAUACGUUAUAUGCAUACCUGAUAGCAUUGAGUAAGUGUGACUAAAUUGGAGAUACAAUUUUAAAGGCGAGCAACAUGCUUUUAAAAUAAAAAUAUACCUAACCUAACCUCACCUAACAUAUUUUCAACAUUAAGGAAUAAUAUUGCGUAAAACAACCCACAAAAAUAAUAAAUCAUCAUGAUGAUAUGGCGUAUAGCCGGCCCGUGCAGGUAGGUACCGCCACCCUGAAUAUUCCUACCGUUUGGUCUAUUAGCCACGAUAAAGUCAUCGAAAACAAAGAAAAAAUAGUUAAGAAUUAAAAUUGGCACAUACAUCUGACAGUGUUACUGUAAUCAUUAACCGAUUAUACAAAAUAUUAACAACCAAAUUAAUUAAAAUUACUGUUUAUUGUCUCGUUAGAUUUAUUGUAAGCUUGCGAUGUUUGUAAUCGAGUAACAUUAUUGUUACUAAUCUAUUAGUACGCAUUACGACAGUACAAUUUUUAAAUGGAAAAGAAAAUUUGUAUAGAGUUUUCUAAAUGGUGUUCAAUUGUUUUUAUAGUAACGUGAUUAGUCAAGCAAUAUUAUAUGAAGAGAAGUUAUCAAAAUGUGUUAAGAUAUUUAAAAAUGCAAGCGCUCCUCGCUCGGAUUUGUUGUUUAAGUGAGUGAGAGAUUUACGCAAAUAAAUAACAUUGAAUGUAAAUAUAUUUAAUAUUGAUCGAUUAGGUAACGAAUGACGAUAUUCUGUACAGUUAUUUGUAAUGAAAAUAUAGAAAAUAAUUAGUUUAAAUCGUUCAUGAAGAUAAUAAUUAUUUUAAUGCAGUUUACAUCACAAUCGUUGAGGCGAUAGUUCCCACAAAAAAAUGUGUUUUCAAAUGUGUCUUAAUUUACAGUAAUCAUAAGAAUUCAAAUAAUACACGUUAUUGUCCGGUCACUGUCUUGGUUUUUUGGUCGUCGGAUUUGAUUACCCUUUAUUUUGAAGUGGAAAGAGUUCUUCAAAUAUAGUACUUUGGGUUAUUAAAAUAGAAUCUAUCAAACCUAUACGGAAGUUACUAUAACAUUUAUUGUUAGCGGGGUCGCAAUCAUCUUCUCGUUCCGCUGACCACCGACCCACGCGUGAUGGCUGAGAAGUGUAUUUAUUUAUUGCAAGUCACAGUCACUGGAUACACCUUCGCCUUAAAUAUAUUCGAAGACUGCAUUUUAAGCUGGAUAGGAGAAUUCGUACUGACUGUUUCUACAUUUUAUUUACGAGUUGGAAUAGCGCCCCUAACGGCAAACGUAGGCACACGUUCCAAACCAAUACAAAUUUGAGUUAACUUUUACGUUAUCGAGAACUUUAAAAAACUCGCAUUAAGCACACCGAAGAAACCUUGCGUAUCGAUACCCAUUUGUGGAACUCACUUGUUGGUUAUCGGUUUUCGCGAAUGGUAGAUAUAAUCAAAACUACUUUUACGGUUUAAUCUCGCGUUUCAUAUGGUCAUCAUGUUAUUGUCGACGUAUUGAAUACGUACAGUGAGGCCUAUAAAAUCAAAGGCAGCUAAACGCCUUAAUGUCGUAAAAUGGAUUAACAAUGGCGCUACCUAUCUUG